GGCUUUGGAAUUUUCCUCUUCAUUAUUUAUCCUGGAGCAUUUGUUGAUCUGUUCACCACCCAUUUGCAACUUAUAUCACCAGUCCAGCAGCUAAGGAUAUUUUGUGCAGCUGUCUCCCACCUGCUUGCUACCCAGGACCGGUACGCAGGUCUCCGCCAUGGCCUCAGAUACAGAGAAACUUAUGUGUCUCACCACAGAAAACGCAGAGAUUCCCGCUGAUUUUGUGGAGCUGCAGCCGCUCGAUGAAAUCGAGACGGUUUCUUUGGAAACCAAUGUAAGCCAAACCAUCGAAGUGUAUGGAGAUGUAGGUGUUGAUUGGGCGCAUGGUGGCCACUACCACUCUCCUCUUAUUGCUCUGCAGCCACUUGCGGGCAGCAACCUGAGUAAUGGAGAUCAUGAUCAGGAAAUGAUUAUCGUGCAGACACGAGAGGAGGUGGUGGACUACCAAGACUCAGACAACCUACUACUCGGUACUGAAUUUGAAAGCCAGAUGGUUUUGCCAGUUACUGAAGACGACUAUCUCCAGCCGACCACUGCCACUUUUUCUGGCUUCAUGGCGGCAGAGAAUGGUCAAGAUGAGCUCAGCCCCUAUGGAGGGAAUCUCUGUGGUUUGACGACCAUUAUCGAGGCCGGUGCAGAAGAAGGCGUGAACCCUGACCUGGGUGACAAACAGUGGGAACAGAAGCAGAUACAAAUCGAUGGUCUUGAUGGAGAAUUUCCCUUCGCCAUGUGGGAGGAUAAUAAUUUAAAAGAAGAUCCCGUGGCUGAAGAAGAGGCUGGUGAGUCAACCCCCGAUUAUUCUGAGUAUAUGACAGGAAAGAAAUUUCCUCCUGAAGGAAUACCUGGCAUCGAUCUUUCUGAUCCCAAACAACUGGCAGAAUUUACUAGCAUGAAACCCAAAAAGCCAAAAGGAGACUUUCCAAGACCGGUAGCAUGCUCUCAUAAAGGCUGUGGGAAGAUGUUCAAAGAUAAUUCUGCUAUGAGAAAGCACCUGCACAUCCAUGGGCCUAGAGUACAUGUCUGUGCAGAAUGUGGCAAAGCUUUUGUUGAGAGUUCGAAGCUGAAACGUCAUCAGCUGGUUCACACUGGAGAGAAGCCCUACCAGUGUACCUUUGAAGGCUGUGGGAGACGCUUUUCCCUCGAUUUCAAUUUGCGCACACAUGUGCGAAUCCAUACUGGAGACAAACCUUUUGUGUGCCCAUUUGAUGCCUGCAACAAGAAGUUUGCCCAGUCGACAAACCUGAAAUCGCAUAUCUUAACACAUGUAAAGAACAAGAAUGACCAGUAAAAAGAAGUCAGAAGAUCCUUUUGAAGCCUGGGAAGUAUUUUACAGUAAUGUGCCUGGGAAUAAUAUGGCCCUUGUUUGAACAGUUUCUAGGAAAGUUAUUGCAAAUGAAUUAUGCAUAUCUGAGGUUUAUGUUUUGAUAGAGUAAAACUUAAGUUAAAAGUUUUAUGUUGAUAAGAUGCUGUAUUUUAUACUAUAGCGGUGUUUUGGGGGAGUUUCGUUUCAACAGGGAACUAAUUCACAAGCCUCAUAUUGCUAAAGUUGGCCUGAGUUCUUUUAAAGCUGGAGUUUUUUGAGAUACUUGGUUUCAACAAGAGACUAAACUAUGAACCUCGUAUUCCUAAGAUACACUAUCUUCUACAGUGGUAAUUUUAUGAAACUUGGUUUCAACAAGAGACUAUUUCAAAAACUAGAUAUCCCAAGAUGACCUGUUUUAUUCUGCAGUGGUAUUUUAUGGAACUUGCUUUUGAUGGACUAAUUUAUGAACCACAUUGUUUCUAAAAAUGAUCUGUGCUAUUUUGCACUGAAGUUUGAGAUUUCAACAGGAGACUAAAUUACAAGCCCUGUUGUUCCUAAGAUGUUCUACGUUAUUCUGUGAAGUGACUUUUUGUGAAGUUUGGUUUCAACAGGGGACUAAAUCACAAACUUCAUAUUGCUCAGGUAUCCUAUCUUCUGCAAUGAUGUUUUUUUGAAGUUUGGUUUCAACAAGAGACAAUUUCACGAACUUCAUAUGUUAAAAUGGUAUUUUUAUGAAACUUGCUUUCAACAGACUUCAUUUUCCUAAAGUGCCCUGUAUUACUCUGCAGUAGUGUUAUUGUAAAGUUGAUUUUGACAUGAGGAUAACUCAUGAAUCUCAAAACAUACGUAAUGUUGCUAAUAUGCUCUGUUUUACUCUGUAGUGGUGUUUUUUGAAGUUUGGUUUCAACAGGAGACUUAAUUCAUGAGCUCCAUAUUUUUGUUAAGAUGUCCUGUCUUACUUUGCAAUGUUUUUUUUUCUGUGAAAUAUGGUUUUGACAGGAGAAUAAUUCAUGAAAUUCAUGUCAAAUUACAUUUCUUUAUACAACUUUGUGAAAAUGGGACUUUGCAUUCUCAUAAAUAUUAAGUUUACUAUGUUUUAAAAUUGUGUGUUCUUUUUUUAAAAUUGUGUGUUCUAACUGCUCAUGUUUAUACUUUUAGGAAUAUGUUUAGUAAUUAUAUAUCUGAUUUCUGUGGAGUUGGUGUUUGUAAGUCUUUAAAGAAUUGACAGUUUUAUGCGUUCAUAUAAUUCUGAUAAAGAAACUUUAUAGGUUUGUUUGCUGUCUUAAGUUUGGCAGUAUUCUUUGAUACCAAGACAUUUUGUAUAAGUUUCUUUUAUCUGUAUUAUACAGUAUAGAACGUUAGAUGACAUAAUUUUAUUAGCCAGUUUAAACACCUUUUAGUUAUUUUAUUCUAUCCCCAAAAAAUACUAUUUAGAGUGCUGUUGUGGAGUGUAAUUUCUUUAAUUAAUUAAGAGUAGUGCUUGAUUACAUAAACCCUUAUCUUCUAAUUGAUUGCAUGUUUGAUAUAUACUUUUGUGUUAUAGAAAAAGCAAAAAUAAAACUGUUUAAAGAAUUAAAAA